AUGGCCACUGAGGUCAUCAACAACCAGGCGUUGGUGGCAACGCGCGGACACAUCAAGGACCUGGUGACAAGUGCCGACGUCAGCAACGCCGUACUGGUGCUCUUCAGCGCCGUGUAUUUCAAGGGCACCUGGCUUUAUCGCUUUGACAAGGGCGGACAGCAGCCGUUUUUGACACCGCGCGGCGAUCGGCCGACAAACAUGAUGGAGUUGAAGGCGGGGCUUGGUUACACCAGCCGACCACACUUCGAUGUAGUAUCAUUGCCGUACCAAAACAAAGAUUACAGUUUGUUAGUGCUGCGCCCGCACAGUCGCUCGCUGGCUGCCGUUGCCAGGCUGCAGAAGUCUCUGGACGGUCUGGACGUGUCCCGGUUAUACAGCCAAAAGAGUCAGCGGAUAGUCCGUGUACUGAUGCCGCCCUUCAAGAUCGAGCGUCGCUAUGAGCUGCCCGCCCACAUGCAAAAUCUAGGCAUCCGGAGGAUUUUCCAAGUGCAGGCGGAGUUCGGCGGUAUCACGUCGCGAAACAUCUUUGUCAGCAACAUCAUCCACAAGGCGGUAAUGGAGGUGAACGAGAAUGGGUGA